AUGCAAGAAUUCUCAAAUAUCUCAGCUCAAUUAAAGAAAUCAUUAUCAAAGGCACUAACCAUUUUCUACCCUAUUGGAGGUAGAAGAAGUGAUUGUUUCUCUGUUGAUUGCAACGAUGAGGGUGUAAUUUACAUAGAAGCCAUAGUGAAUAUCACCAUGGAAGAGUUCCUAAAACCACCCAAAUUAGAAUUGUUAAACCAAUUGCUUCCAUGUGAGCCUAACAAGUGCCACCCGCACGAAGAAGUCUUGCCUCAACUAUUAGUCCAAGUGAACCUUUUUCAGUGUGGAGGAAUAGCUAUUGGUUUGUGCAACCUUCAUAUAUUUCUAGACGCAUACUCUUGUAGUACAUUCUUGAAAACUUGGUCAACCAUUUGCAAAGGAUUAAAGGAAGAAAUAUCCAGGCCAGAUUUCUUUUCUGCUUCUACUUUCUUCCCUCCAAGAAACACCUUCGGUGUACGUGCUGGCGUUCUAAAUAUUAACAAAGGCUUAAACAUAGAAGCAAAGUGCGUCACAAGAAGAUUCUUGUUUGAUACCAAAGCUAUCAAUAAUCUAAAAGUCAUGGUAGAAAGCCACUCAAAACCAACACGAUAUCAAGUUGUAUCCUCAUUCAUAUGUAAACAUAUGAUUGUAUCGUGCACGAAGGAAUCUUAUGAUGACAAAAGGCCAAUAGUUGUUUUACAUGUUGUGGACAUGAGAAAAAGAAUGGGAAAGCCUUUUACAAAAGGUUCAAUUGGAAACUUAUUAUGGCCCGCAGUGGUGCUUAUUGAAGACGUAAAUAAAAGCACUAGUAUGGGAGAUUUGGUUAGGAUUUUGGAAGAAGAAAUUGGAAAGCUUACUAAGGAAUUUUUUUUGAAAGUGCAGAGUGAUCCUAAUUUUUUGUGGAGUGAUGAGUGUGCAGAACUAAUGCUAGAAAAGAUAGCAACCCAAAACCCAACAUCAUUUGUGUUCACAAGUUGGGCUAAUAUGGGAUUCAAAGAGCUUGAUUUUGGCUGGAGAAAGCCUUUUUGGUUGGCUCAAAGAGGAGGUACUAAAGAAACCAUUCCAAACACUGUAGUAUUGAUGGAAACCAAUGAGGGAAUAGAAGCAUGGGUUACAAUGGUAGAGAAACAUAUUGUUAAUUUAGAAAAUGAUAUAGCCUUCCUAAAAUCAACAUUACUUAAUCCUAGUGUCUUAAAUAAAUAA